AUGCCGAACCCGGUUCCAGGCCGAUCAGCGAAAGGGUGUCUUACUUGUAGACGACGGAAGAAGAAAUGCGACGAAAAACGCCCACAGUGCGAGCGAUGCUUGCUUGGCAACUUUGAAUGUUUGGGUUAUGCUCAUCUGGAGGGCAUCUCAUCAAAUAGCAAUCAUAUCUCAUCGUCGGGCUCCAUUACCCUGUCCAACGUGCAAGACAGCGUAUCUCACCUACUCAUCGAGGCGAACCACCCCACAACUGCCGACUUUCUCCCUUUUGUUAGUUGUAUGGGAAAUCCAGUACAUCCCAAUACAUUAUCUCUAACCCACCCUCACGGGCAUCCUCUGAGUAUACCCAAAGGCCCUCAGCUCGACUUAUUCGAACGGGAUAAUAUGGUGGACCUUGUGGUGUCACAAUAUUUACGAGUCGCUGAACGCGCGCCGUUCAGGCCGUUUCCUUACGAGUUCGGUAGAGCUAUCGAAGAAAGGGCUCGAAGUUCAGACCUCGUCCUCAAGACAAUCUUUCAUCGCCAAAUAUCAUGGACGCAACCAUUAUCCCUGAAUACUGGUGCAACCCAUCUGGCAGACCGUCUGUCAGCUGUUCACGACCUUACAUUGUAUGCCUUUAUGCUGACGGACAGUCGGACAGGCUAUUCGUUGCUUCGCCAAGGUGUUCCUAUCUUCCUCGAGUUUGCCGCUCAGUCGCCUCAAGUAUGGUCUAAGGACUCUGCUAUAUCGAUCUCACAUGCACUCAACCCUACCAGACAUGAGAUGGCCAGAUUUGUUCUCGUAGAUGCGAUUUCCUCUCUAGCUUUCGGCACCGCUCCUCUCAUUAACUACGAUACGACUGUUAACGAAAACGAGUUCUUGCAUGGGAAGUACGGCUUUCUGGAAAUGGUGUAUUCGUGUCCUGUCGUUUUACUGGUACUCCUUGCUAGAAUUAACUCGGCUAGGGUUGCGCGGGUCAUGGACCAGGUAGUUCAAACUCGGGAGAUAUUGGGAUAUUGA